AAAUAAUUUGAGCUAUGGGAGAAACUAAAAAGAAAAAACCUCAUUUUAUUGGACUUCCUCCUUUGAAGUCAACCCAGAGAGCUAAGUUGGAGAAAGAUUUCAAAUUAGAUUGCAUUGCUGUAGGAAACUUGUCGGAUACAAGACAGAACAAGACAAAUCCUUGUGUUCAAGUAACAAUACCUCUCUACAAUCCUCAAGAAGAUAAGGGCUGUAGAAACUAUUUUGGAUUCAAAGGGAUCAAAAAAUUGCUGGAGCGAACAGAAGAGAGCAGGCCCGGAACUACACAGUAUGGUAGAGUCUACGACACUCUCAUCAGGAACAGUCACGCUAACAACUACAUAACUUUGAGGAACAAACAUGGCGCUGGUAAUGAUCCUGAGACAGUCGCUGGACACUACUCAUCUCCGUACUUCCAAAAUGCCCGUCCUGUGACCCUGUACACCGGUAAAUUUGGGUACCGACGCAAUACUCCAAAUCUACGAAUCUACCCCUCGUCUUUCGAACCACCAGUGAGAUCCGCUUGCCAUCCUAACAGUGCUUAAUAUCAACUACGGACAACUCAAGUCUCCAGUGUUUUUCUGAUUGAUUUAGAAUUCUUUUAAAUGCAUCAAAGUGAUUAAGUAUUGCAUGCUUAUUGAUUUUAACUUACUUUAUAGGUUUUUUAACUGUAGUACAGAGAAACCAUACUUCUUGAUCAAUGAUCACUCUCGUUUUGUUACGAUAAAUGAUUCAAUAUUUACUGCCAAACUUUGUACAUAAUCUGUAGAUACUAGAUGUACACAUACUAUAAUAUAAAUCCCGUUUUUAAACUUUUAUCACAUACAUUAUAAAUUAUACACAUUCUUUAAUUAAUUUCAACUG